AUGGAGGCGGAAGGAGGGUUCGAUUUUUUUGGGGUCAGGUUUGAAGAUGGUCGUUGGGAUUAUGGGUUUCAUUCCUGCCCUUUGGUCGUGCCCAAUGCGAUCUUCAGCCGAAUCGGGCAGCUGAGCUUUGAAUUGUCUCCCUCGUCGUCGAACAAGUGGUCGUGUAGGCUUUUGUUCUUGAGUAAUUCGCAGAUGAGGAUCAUGAUCUCGUACCACCACCACCACCACUCGAAGCAGACGAAAAUGCAGCUAGGGAUAGCUAAAUCGAGGAGCGACUUCCAUUCCUUGAAGCAAUCGAGCGAGAAUCCGUCCUAG